AUGAGGCAGCUCGACCAGCUGUUUCGAAAGUUAACCGCUCACGCUGCCAAAUGCCAAAACUACGCUCAUCCGCAGGUUGACACUCGUGCUAAACAAAUUGAGCCAAAGCUUAUCGCAGCUCCCACAGAGUGCGCCCUUACAAGCAUCACUGUCUCUGUUGGAAUCUCCUUCAGUAUAAAAGGCUGCAGCAUCCCUGCACCAGAGAGACAUUGCGACCUCUCCUGGCAAUUCUUCAUAUCUGGACUUGGACGCCGCAUCAUCCUUGGUCAACUUGACGAGGUUCUUCCUGCUGAGGUUGCUGCCAUGAAAUUGCCUUGGAUUGUCUACAAUGUUCUGCUGGUCGCUGUCUGCACAACAUACCCCUCCUGCUUUGCACAAGGGGCCACUGUUAUCACCUCAUUACUGACGAUAGAAACCAUAAUCACCAAUCGGUACACAUCAUUGCUAGCCGCAACUGUCACUCAACCGCCAAUCACAGUGACUCAGAUCAUAUCAGCUCCGGUAGGGCCUGCGUCUACAGCGGCCUCUCUUCCUCCCCCCACCCUUCAGGUAGCUCCGGUACAACUUGCGCCUACUCCAGCCGCCAAUCCUCCACCCAUCGUUCAGCCAGGUUUACUAGUGCCUGCGCCUCCUGCGGCCGCUUAUCCUGUGCCCGUCGUUCCGCCAGUUCAGCCGGUUCAGCCCGGCGGGAAGGUGUCGCAUGGUGGUCUCAGCGUACCAAACCCAUUUGAUGCGGUAGGCAAUAUUGUUGGCGGUGCGGCGAACGCUGCUGGAGGUAUUGUCGGCGGCGCAGCUAAUGCUGCUGGCGGUAUCGUGAAAGGUGGAGCUGGGCUUGCUGGUCAAGCUGUCGAUGCUGCUGGCAAUGUUGCUGGAGGUGUGGUUGGGGGAACCCAUCCGCCACCGUUACCAGUGCCCCUGCCAGGGGCACCAGGGAUUCCAGGAGCCCCCAGCGUUCCAGGAGUCGUGGGAGUAGGAGCCCUACCAGGGAUUCCGGCAGCUCCAGGGAUACCAGGCCUGCCGGCGGUUCCAGCUGUCCCUCCUGGGGAACCCGUACCGGUACCAGGCCCUGCACCUGUCCCUGUCCCUGUACCUGCCCCAGGGUCAGUGCCAGAUUCCCAGGGAACUUUACCACUGACACUUCCUCUUCCUGCUCCUCCGACUCUUGGUCCUGGGGCAACAAUACCGUCUGGGCUAUUGACGAUUCCUAGUGAUACAUCUGUCCCUAGCCUUACAGUUGGACCUUAUGCGUCGCCUGCAGUGAGCAUGUCUAUCACCAAGACGUCAACGAAUACUCCUUUGAUAUCAUCGGAACCAGAGUCGGCCCCUACAGCUUCGAGGGCUGUAGUCCAAAGUUCAACUUCCUUCAUGAUCACUUCCAGACCAGCCCACACUACAUCAGUGUCAGCAGUGAUCUCUUACCUCACCGAAACUCUCACACAGCCAGGGACUCUCAAUGUUGAGGUACAUGGAACAGUGACGCAUAUUUUUCGAGGGAGUUCGUUCUUGUCACAGACUUCCGCACAAUCGUCUUCGUCGUCAUCAUCGCAUACCACGUUGUCAACUUCCACCCAGGCAUCCUCAACAUCCAGGGGAUCUGUCUUGAUCGGUCCUUCGGGUCCUCCUCGCAAAUUGACCCGCACAUUCGAUCCCUCCCUUCCCGCACCGACGCAUAGCUGUCCACGAGAUGCCAUCGCAGCUCUAGCACACUACCGUGACUAUUGCAAUAAUGCCGGGGCUGACAGGACAAUUCAGAAGACAUACUGUGUUGGUGAGCCUAAGGUGGCAUCUUGUUGCGGAGCGUGGACGCAAGGGCCUGCACAGUAUAAAGGCUAUGAAACUAUUCGUCAACGUAAGAUGGGUGAAUCCCCCGACCCGAGAGCUCCUCUGGAGCAACGGCCGUUUGAAUGGAAUCUGCACGAAACAAGAGAUGUCAGGGGUAACGUUAUCAAGCGUGAGGUGAUCAAACAACUGCCGCAGGAGUUCAACCUAGAUGUCAAGUCAUGUCGCGUCUGGAGAACUACGGAAGACCAAUUCACCUUUUACAUGCAGAAUUUCUUCAAUUACGGUGUUUACGAUGUCGACGAAACCGGGCGAGCGAUUGGUACCACAUAUUUCUGGGAGUGGGAGCCAGAAGGUCGUUGGCCUCCUGAUCCGAAGCGGCGCAGAGAAGGAACUAUGGGCUCAAAGCCUAAGACAGGGAAACCGAAGUCGGGCAAUGGAGGCAACACAGAGCCAGACAGUCAGCCAACCCUAGAAGAUUUGAUCGCUGACUAUGAUAAACGCAGAGAGUGGUUUAAAGAACGGCUUGGGGAGAGUGAACUACAUCUUCACGGCGCAAAGGACAAGGUGGGAGAAGGAUGCGCUGUACAUCUCUCACCAGCCAAUUUCGCAUCCAAGAUCGAGAAGUUUGGCAUGCGCACCAACGCGUUGAAUGACCAUUUGCCGUCUAGGCCCUCGAAGGAGGUAUGGCAGCAAAAGAGAGAUCGGGAUUUGGCUCGUCUCGUUUGGAAAGAUUUCUUCGCACCCCUCAACGUUUGUGCUGGGACAUUGGACAGCCGUCUUCCUUCUAGACCGGAGCGCUCCGAAUACAACAGCGAACAGAAACGGAUGGUCGCUGAAAAGAAUUGGAUAAAUCUCUUUACUGACGAGCCACCCGAGAAAUACAGAGGAACAGUUCCGAAGCCCGAUCGCCCUAAAUGCCCAAAGCCCGCCAUGAAGAAGCUGGCUAAACUUGGAAAGGAUCUAAAAGACGUGGAGAACGUGCCCAAGGAAGAUGCCAAGUGGGCACUGAUGGAUACGUACGCUGCCGAGCUUCUGGAGCAAAAGAUGUGUCGAGACCAAAUACUCAUGGUCCUCGCCAAACCCAGAAGGAAGGCAUACUCAAGCCUCCGAGAGUGGUGGUCCGACCGGCGCAAAUGGAAAAAGUACAUGGCAAGGCUUGAGAAAGGAGAGGACGUUCCGCUCCCGGACCUAGAAAUAGACAACCGCAGCAACGGCCAAUCUCCACAGGAUCAGACGACGAAUGACCAGCCUAGAAGAGGUAAACUUCGCGGAAAGGAUUUUCCGCGCACGAAACUCGAUCCCAUUCCUGAAGCUGAUGAGUCGGAGCAAGGGGAGGGGCGUGCCAAUGGAGACAGUCCCGCAGAAGAUGAAGGAAGAGUGCCACAGAAUAAUGACAUUCAAAAUAACCGUCAUCUCGGGACCAUUUUCGAGGAGGACGAGGAAGACGUUGAGCGCAAGCGGCCCUCCCAAGACAACGCUGGUGGACGCAGGCCAAGAGGCAGAAAUAGACAGGGCGCGGAUAACAUCAAGAGGUCCUUCAGGGCCUGA